AAAGAAUUUUUUUGUCAUUUCCCGUGUGAAAUUUUCCGGAAAAUACGUGCCGAAAUCUUUGAUUCUUUUUCCUCCUGAAUCCCAAAAGAGUUGAAAUACUCUUUGGUGAUUAAUUUGCGGUCAAUUUUAUAGUAAAAUUCAUUGAGAAAAGUGUUAGAUUUCUUUGUGAAAAAUUGGUGUGCAAAAAUUUUUCCUUCCCCGGUGAGAUACUUCCUCUAACGAAAAUUACAUCCUACCCCAUGUCGAAAUCAUACUGAGGAAGGGUAGUGUGUACCUCAUUGUGAUGGGGUGGUUGGCGGAUUUUUUUUUCUUGUGAAUUCUUUUCUUUUAUAUUUUUGAACCGUGAUUUGUGUAGCAAAAGUAAAAUAAAUAAAAGAAGAAAGUAUCUAUCUUUAUGCUUGUGUAUCAUCUCGGUUAAAACUUGAAAGAAUGAAAAAGAUAAAGUGAAGUCUUCGGGAUUAUCCUGGUGCUCAUCGCAACCCAAAUGUGUGUUCUUAAGAACGUUGGCAACUAAAAAAACAACUACAGUUCUCUUUUUUGUUUGGAUAAAGAAAAGUAUCUACUCCAUCAGGACUACUACCACCACCAUCACCUCCAGCACCGCCGAAAAGGACCUACUACACACAAUCGAACAAACGGAGUUGUAACUUUAAGUGUAAACCUUGUUCCUAGAGCUCAAUUGUAGUUCAAUAGCCUUUUGAAAAAUAAUUUGAAUAAAAUUAAAAAUCAAAUCAAUUUAAUCGAAAUUAUAUAUUUAAAUAAAAAAAAAUGGAACGAAUGUGGCGCAAAGUCAAUCACAGUUUUACUGGGCGAACCUCUAAGUCUACGGCUACAAUCCAAUCUACAGACACCACUUCGUCGGCUGGUUUUGGUGAGGGGCAGAUUGUGGUAGCCGUUGCCAACAACAAUAAUAAUAGCAAUAGCAAUAGCGCUGGCACUGGAAAUCUACCUUCUAGUACAGCAACGGGUCGCCGGCUGGCAGCCAGUGGAGUCCAAUCCCAAACAGUGAUAACUCCCAAUCAACAAAAGUCCCUUAGCCAGCAUGUUUUAUUGAACAGCACAGCCUCGUCGGAGAGGCGACGUCGUCGAAGAAGGAAGAGCCGUCCCAGGCGUAGUGGAGACAUGUCCUCGGGCGGAUUUGGCCAUCACCAAAUAAUGGAAUCAACGAACCAACAACAUCACCAUCACCACCAGCAACUAUACCAGCCAUUGCAGCCGCAUGACCAAGAGCCGGUCCCGCCACUACCACCACCGCAACCACAACAGCAGCAGCAACAGCAACAGUCAACGUCUUCUAGUGCACUUAUGAUGGGUGUUAGCUCCAGUGGCAAUGCAUGUUACCCCCCAAUUGUGGCGCCCAACAAUCAACAACCAGACGUAUCAUUGCGACAACGUGCUGUUGCUAAGCUUAGAAUGUUCAACUUCCACCUAAAUUGGGACCUCCACAUGACUCAAUGCAAACCGUGCGGACCACGUUCGGGAGGAGGAAAUAUUAUUACUCGUCGAUUGUGCAGGAAUCGCCGUCGGGAGGACAACGAAUUGUAUCGCUCGAAUAGUUUUAAGUUUGAACGUUUCGAAAGGAAGGAAUGCAACGAGGAAUUCGCAGAUACUCUACAAAAAAAGAUAUCAAUCUGUGAUGACUAUAGCCUGCCCAUUGAUUUUGUGAAAAAACGACCGUCCAGUUUUGAUCCAUGUUUAGCUGAAGCAAUACCAAACCCGGAAACUUGGGUAGCGCCAAGUCCACUCUCAGAUCUUGUAAAUUUUAUAGAACCACCUUCAGCUGGUUUAGGAGCUACUGUUGUUAGUGGUGCUGCUGUUGCUGCUGCUGCUGCUGCUACUACUACUACUACUUCAGCUCCACCACCGCCACCACCGCCGACAUCAUCUUCAGCUGGAAACGUUAAUACCAGCUCCUCUACCCAUCAAUUACAGUCUCAUCAGCCAUCGCAACACCGAUCCCAUCAUCAUCCUCCACUUCCAAAUACUAUAAAACAAGCAUCGGUUAAACUAAUCGAGGGUUAUUCCGACCCCAAGGAUACCAAGCGACCGAAAAAAGUCUACCACAAGAAGAGCAAGCCUCGUAAGGAACAUAAACGCAGUAAUUAUAGUUCGGAUUCCUCAGCACCCAAGUCAUCUGCUGACGAGGACACUAAUUCUGUUAAAGCACCUGAACUUAAUUCACCUGAUAGCAUAUCAGAAGACUUAGUUAGACCCCUGCCACCGUUACACCGAAGUCCUAGGAAGUUAACAACCCUUAGCUCUGAUGCCACUGCAAAUAGCAAACGUAACCCGUCGCCAUACUACUAUUCGGAUCUGCUAAAGACCAAAGACACUGACAAGGAAACUAAGCAAAAAAGUCGCCAAUCCACAGCAUCCGAGCCGCCGCAAUUAACUCAGCAACCUGUGGUAGCGGGUGCCUAUAGAAAAAGCACCAGUCUCGAUGUGCCAGAGGUAGACCGUGAACAGCCUGAAGGUGCAUCGGAGAUCCCGCAGCAACUUACCCCAAAGCGGUACUCAUUCACCGAGGAGGGAGUUAGAAUAAUACGUUGUACAACACCCUCGACUAGCACUUCGGAUGAUUCCGAUUGCAGCGAGUGUCAAAAGCGUCGUGAAUGGCAUGCUAGAGCAUUGGCACUCGUCCGACAGACGUGCAAUAUUCAAAGUGUCAGUGGACUUGGGGAUAAAGUCGAACUUCAACUGCAACCGAACCAGUUUAUACCGCUUGAGAGUGAGUUGCAAUCGAUGCCGCCACAUAGACUUCUAGGGCCAGCAGUUUGCGCCUGUGCCGCACCCACUAUUGGAGAUGAUCUAGACGAAUAUUUUCGGCCACGAAGCAUCUUCUAUGUUCAUGCGCAGGGUGUGCACGAGUGUGCUGAUUGUUCGGCAUCCACAAAUAGCGUAAAUAAUCUCCCUGACGAGCAACAACUUCCAGCUGAACAAGAACAAGAAGACGAAGGCGAAAUGUCGGGAGGACGCACACGUCAGUUUUACGAAACCGCAUUCGAUUGCAAGAUCACAAAGUCCGACGAUGACUUGGAUGAAGUUGAUCGCAUAACAAAUCAUUCUGUAUUGCUGCAAAUCGAAAACGGCAAUAAUGUUAUUCCGAAGCCAAAGCCGCCUUCAGAGCGAAAGACCAGACUUGAAGGCAAACGCCUUAAGAAUUCGAAAAACCAAGCGAUUCAGGACAAAACAAAUGCCUCAGCGACAACAGCUGCCAGUGGAACCGCCAACUCGAGUAGUACGGUUGGAAGUGGUGGUGCCAUUGCUGGCAGUGUGUCAGCCUUAUCAAACGAUCUCGAGAACGUCCACAUCGAUCACAAUACAAGCGUCGACCAGAUGAACAAUACAACGUCCAACUCGCAGCUUCCCAUGCGCGGGUAUACUCCAUCGCCGCCCUCGACAGCCCCCCUGCCAAUGAAAUUCCCCAGCAAACACGAUCGGUUUUUUAUGAACAGCAUUAAGAGUGCGCCCAACCUGCCCUCAUCAAAUCCGGCCGCCCAUCCAAGGCUCAAGGAUCUCCGUCUUCCGAUACAAUCGCAUCAUCGUGCAAUGCACGCUGCAGCUUCGAUUGAUAGCCAGAACAGUAGUUUUGCUGAAAAGUCCAGAACUCGGCCAGAACGGCCACGUUCAUUUGUGCUAGAGUCUGGUAGAGUUCUGGAGUUGCGUAAAAGUGGCGCCAGCAGCGGUCACCACCACCAUGUUGGCCAUGCACAAGCGUCGUCGAAUAACUCGUCACCGGCAAAUGGUCGGCGACACCAGCACAAUUAUUCAUCGACUGAAAGUAUCGCCACAUCGAGUAGUGGUGGCAGUAUGGAGUCGCUUCGCUCGAGCACAAGCGAAGGUAAUCGCAGUACUUCCAGCUCAGGGUCAAGGCACUCAACAUCGUUGAGUUCACAUAGCUCUGAGUCUGGCUCGAGUUUAGCGUUUCCUCUGCGAGCGCCCAUAGUUAUUCACUCUAAGUUGCAUAUCUUAAGUCCGAUAUCGGACAAGUCAUCCCAGGAGCCUGCAUCCGAUACAUCAGAGUUUCAGAAAAAUGCUUCUCCCGAGGAGCAAAAAGCAGCACUACUGGUUGAUAAUAACCAGCAAGCUGUUCCUGAGGUACUGCUAAAAAAGCAGAGACGACCUCCACCGAAUAAAACGCUUCUUCAUUUAGCCGAUGAGAUUCUUGGCUCGGAUAGUGGAAUCUCGCUACACUCACGUGGCGAAGAUGGCAAAAAAUCCGGACUACAUAAGUUCACUUUGCCCAAAUUGAAUUUUCCAUCAUCCGAAAAAACAGAUAGUGGAAUUGGACCUAUUAGUGGGUUAGGACUUCCACAAGACCUUCGAGAUCUUCCAUUUGAUAUGCCCAAAUUAAGAAGAAGGAAAACAUUACAACAGGAUACCUGUACAUCGGGAAGUGCAACUUCAGUUGACUUGGGUGAUCUUCCAUUUGAUAUGCCAAAACUUCGCAGACGACUUCGUAUGAACCAGACAGAUAUGACUAAUCUACUUGUUCAUAGCACCGAGUCUAGUGGAAUAUCACAGGCUUCAUCGAGUCAUUCAAUGCGGGAUGAAAACAAGGCCUUGAAAUUAGCAGAAACAGCAAUCUUCCGUCAAAAUCUAACCCUAAACCUAAACGAGCCUGUCCGUUCGACCACCAAAUUCGGAAGUCUGGAUCUUCGUGGCAUCCCUUCAAAUAAGGAACUGAAUUUGAAUUUAAUUACUGGCUUCACAUCCGCCGUUGACUUAAUUGACAUUUCCGUUCCACUAGAGAGACAAGGGUGGUAUCAUGGAGCUAUCACACGCAUCGAAGCCGAGACCACCCUGAGGCCAUUGAGUGAGGGCAGCUUCCUUGUACGUAAUUGUGAGUCAACCAAACAAGAUUACUCUUUGUCAUUAAAGGGCGCCAAAGGAUUCAUGCAUAUGCGAAUACAACGCAACGACUCCGGUCAAUAUAUCCUUGGUCAGUUUAGUCGGCCAUUCGACUCCGUUCCGGAAAUGAUAAGACAUUUUUGCUUAAACCGUCUGCCUGUUCGUGGAGCAGAACACAUGUGCUUGAUAGAUCCAGUCAUAGCACAGCUGCUAUAAGGAUUUAUUAGCAUCAUCAUCAGUUGAACAUCAUUCAUCUACUUAAGUGACACAUACCAGACAAUACAUAUAAAAUUAUAUUUAUACAUAUAUAAAAAUAGGUAUAUAAUAUAAAAACUCUAUCAAAAUGAUAGAGUCGACGAAUAGCGGUAGUGAAGGCGAAACUAUAAGGUAUUUAAUUAAACUAUUAUUAUGGAUAGGCCAUUAAUGGAAACCAUAUAAUUAUUAUGUAUUAUCAUAAAACAUUGUGAGAGACUUAAAAGCUCUGUUUAAAAUUAAGUUUGUUGAUUAAUUUUAGUUUUCAUCUUUCGACACGGCUAUAUAGGUCUCAAAGACCUCAGUUGUGUGGAUCUACUCUUACGUAAGCCAUGUGUUGUGGUAAAUUUUGUGAUUUUAGUUUUUAUCUACGAGUAGUGCACUAUACAAAAAAAGAGUAAAGGAUACACGGCUAAUGAAUGAGGUUUUUAUUUAACGUCAUAUAACCUACAAUCAGUAUACGUAAAUUAGUUAUAUUUAUAAAUAUUGUUUUUAAUAUCCAAAGUGAAGCACACUUCGGAAUGAUUUAAGAAACUUUUGUAUAGAAAAUUCCUGCGCUUGUCAAAGAUUUAAUUAGUAUAUCAUUAGGUCGCUCAAGGAAGAAUGCGCUAGAAAACGUCAAGUUGUUUUUGUUGGUAGCCUUGUUGAGUUAGAUAAGUUUCAAGUGUAGCUUUUUGAAAGCUGUUUCUAGUUUACAAAGAAAGCAGUUCAAACCUAACUUGGAGUCAAUUAUGAUUCUA